GAGUGCAUGCGACGAGAGCCUAUUCCUGAUGGGAGAGGGGGAGUCACUUGUGCUUCUGCUGGUGUACGCGGAUGACAUCCUGCUCUUCAGCAGCAGUGACAAGGAGAUCGAUGGGGUGCAGCGGAAGCUCACAGAGCAGUUCAAGUGCAAGUCACUUGGAGAGGCAAGGUACUACCUGGGAAUGCACAUUGAGCGGGAUACUGAACGUGGCUGGCUCAAACUGCAUCAGGGACAGUACAUCAACACCUUGGCUGAGAAGUACUCUCUGCAGGAAGAACGGGAAGUGGUCACACCUUUGCCUUCCGAGUUCAAACUCAUUAAGGCAGCUGAAGGAGAAGGAGUUGAGAGUGAAGACCAGAGGCAAUUCCAAUCCAUGGUCGGGAGCCUACUCUACGCUGCUGUGCAUACUCGGCCUGACAUCAGCUUUGCUGUGGGACAGCUGGCUCGAAUAGUCCAAAAUCCAACAGAAGAGCAGUGUGGUGCAGCGGAGAGAGUGGUGCGCUACCUCAAGUCAUACCCUACAGUGGGAGUACAGUAUUCGGCCUCUGCUCAACUCAGUCAAAAAGGAGUUGAAGUCCUCAAAGAGAAGGGGGAGCAGCUCGGAGAAGGAAAGGUGUUCCUUUCCUGUUUUGCUGAUGCCACGUGGGCUUCUGAGCAUGAGGAUUCAUCAUCAGUUGGUGGAUACAUCUGCAUGGUGGGAGGUGGGCCUGUGAGUUGGAGGUCCAAGAAGCAGUCUGAGACGGCACUAUCUUCAGUGGAAUCUGAGUACAUGGCGAUGUUUCAUGCGGCAAAAGAAAUCAUCUGGCUAAGGAGGCUCUUGAAGGAGAUCGGCCAUGAACAGACUUGUGCGACACCUCUGUUCAGUGAUAGCAAGGGAGCCAUUGCCAUGGCACGCAAUGCAGUUCUUCAUGGGUUGAACAAGCACAUGAGGAUCAAGUGGCAUUGGCUGCAGAAGGAGGUGAAGCUUGGGACACUGGAUCCGAUCUACGUGAAAACUCAGCAACAGCCAGCCGACUUCCUUACCAAGCGGCUAGCUGAAGAGCCACACUGGCGCUGUGCGAGGAUGGCGGGAAUGUCCUUGAACUAGAGACGGCGAAACAAGCCGACAGUCUGAGGGGGAGUGUGUUGGUGCAUAUUCAUUUGCACGUCAUCCUGUCGUCUGUUCGCGUCAUUUCGUUUGCAUGUGUUUUGUGUGCUACGUUGUUUGUAUGGUUUGUUGGGUUUGCAUGUCUUUGCAUGUUCAUCUUGUGCUUGUGCAGAUGUGCUUGGAUUGUGCAUGACAUCGAGCACAUUCCAACGAGCCAAGAAUUGUUGGAAUCGGAGCACAUAUGAAGAAGUUACGAAGAAAUGUUUGAUGGAUUUGUUACAACUCAUUGGAAGUCCUUGUCAGCUGCUACACCAAAGUUGGAGAGCCCUAUAACGAGGAGGGACCAGCAUGUGUGGGACUUUUGUCCCCACCUUGCAGCUGCAGCAUUUGGGGUUUGGAGGCCAACCUGGCACAGUGUGAAUUUUGUCUUGCCAGGCUGGCUGAACCUGAGGAUGGGGAGUCAAAACUUUGACUCUUGUCAUGUUCUUGACCAUGGGCCUCCAGGGUCCUUCCCUUUCAUCCUUCCCUUCCUACCCCACCUUCCAACUGCGCUUCAAUGCCUUUUCCAUCAUGUCUCUGAACUUGUAAGCUUCAAUCAUAGU